UCCCAAGCAGGCUUCAAGCCGAAUCCCAAACUCUCCUUGCUAACUAACCCUUGCUCCAUCUUCAUGGAAGCUUGUUCCAGCUCCGACACCUGCUCCACUUGCACGCCGAGCCCAGAUUGCGCUAACCGCCAAAACACCUGGUUUCAGGCCCGCCGCAGUCCAAGGCCAUCCGAAACAAAUCCAACUCAGACCAACUCGAAGAUCGUUCAGGACACAGCAAGCCCACAAACUGCGACAGAAUUGUUUUCGGGCCCCGCCGGCCAGCCCAAGUUUGUUCGGAUUCCUACCUACCAGGAUCUUAUAAGCCUAACAACCCCCAAGGAGAACCGUCCGACCCAUGACCAGAGCUUGUUCGAGUCCGUAUUUUCAGAUUCCGUCACCCAAACCGACGACGACGACGACGACGACCCCUAUCAAGCGAAUCCUCUCCCACAGAGCCCUCGACCGCAAACCUUUAGUCUAACAGCUGCACUCUCCUCCGUGGUCCCACUUUCCUCUUUGGGCUCCCUGCUCUCCAUCGCUACUUCCGGUCGACGGCAUCAGCAAACCCUCAUCGGCGCCACUGAAAGUCAACUUGACGAACCUCCGCUCCUGAAUGAGAGGCCGCCAACGGACCUCUCGCCCGACACCUCUUAUGAGUCUCUGUCCAUCAGUCAUCUCCAGAGGAGAGGUUUGCUGAGGUCCGUGAGCAGAGCGGUGGACCUCAUCAUAGCUCAUUUUGGCAACAGCAGAGAUCCAGAAGAAAAGAUGCGUCUCGGCAACAGCUAUCUGAGUGCCAUGAUGGCCAGUCUGGUCCUGGAUCACCUGUGUCCCGCCAUCCAGAACAUUCUAGAAGACGGCCUCAGAGAUCACAAAUUAGACAUUGUCGUCGGUCAGCGUCGUAACUCCUCCUGGACCGUCGUCGAAGUCUCGACCAAACCUGGUCCAUCCACCGAGAUUCUCUCCAGCCUGGUCCGUCAAAUCCUCAAGUGUCCACAGCUCAACAGCCACAGCAUGAAGCUGAAGGCCUUCAUCAUGGGCUUGCUGAACUUGAGAACUUUGGAAUUCUGGCUCAGUCACCUCCACAGUCAACGAGAUGUGGUGACUUCCCACUACCACGGUUGGGGCUUCCUGUCCAUGUCGCUGGGUCGAUGCCGGCCUUUGUUUCAGGAGCUUCUGCUUCUCCUGCAGCCUCUUUCCGUCUUGCCCUUUGAGCUCGACUUGCUGCUGGAGCCCAGGUUGUUACGCAACGGGCAACCGCGUCCUAUGGGGGAUAGCGUCAGCCAGACGGUUUUCGCUUCUGUUCCAGAAUGGAGGAACUGGGGGGAAUGUGAGGUGGAAGGGAAUUGCCUCGAUGUUAGACCGACACUUAAUCCGGACUGCGGGAACAUGGAGAAAGACAGUCAAACCGCAGCCGAUGUUCAUGUUGAGAGACCUGUCCAGGGUGGACUGCGCUGGGCCAAACUUUUCGGAGCCGCAAAUGUUUCCACCAGACUACAGGCAACUUCGCAGAGUCACGUCAAAGGAUGCCAUCGUCCAUCACAGUGGCUGCAUCUAGACACAUCCCACCUUGGAUUCCUGACUCAAUCCAUCAGGUCAUUGAAGCCCUGAGGCGGUCAGACUGACAGACCGCCGACAGGCUUUUUCACAAAACGUCUUCCAGCGCGUGCUACAGCUAGGAAACGCAGCGCUCAGCCGUUCUGCCGCACUAGUCACGGAGAACACGAAGAACAAGAUUAACAGCUUUGGCAGCCUCACUCAUCAAGCAUUAGCUGUACUUAAAUCCAAAGCUGAGCCAGCUAUGAAAAAGUUUGUCAUUAAAUUUAUGUUGUAUGUCUUUUGAAAUAUUUGAAACCAGACGGAUGAAGUGACUCAUAAGUCAUCACAUAAAUUCAGGUUUUUCUCAGCCUCUGUCAAAACAACAAAAAAAAAAAAACUUCAGUCAGGGAUUAUGAAGAUGUCAUGUUCUCUAUGAAAACGAUCCACUGAAAUGGCUUU